CGGCCCUGGCUCAUUACUCAGCGGCCGAGGCAGGAGGCGGCGGCAGCGGGAGGCGCUGCUGUGUGACAAAACAGAUCAAGGAGCUAACUGAUCCAGCUGAAAAAAAUCUUGGGCUAAUUUUCAGCUUGAUUAAUUCCCUUAUGUGUCUGAACAAACAUCCAUGCUAUUGCAAGGUUGGAAGACUUGUUAAUGCCUGCCCGAAGCAAAAUUUGGAUGAAGUAGUCUAAUUAAGUUGCCGUCAUGAGCAGAAGCAAGCGUGACAACAAUUUCUACAGUGUUGAAAUUGGAGACUCUACAUUCACUGUAUUGAAACGGUAUCAAAACUUAAAACCAAUAGGAUCAGGAGCACAAGGGAUAGUAUGUGCUGCUUAUGAUGCCAUCCUUGAACGGAAUGUUGCAAUCAAGAAGUUAAGCCGACCAUUUCAGAACCAAACCCACGCUAAAAGAGCUUACAGAGAGCUUGUGCUUAUGAAGUGUGUUAAUCACAAAAAUAUAAUUGGCUUACUGAAUGUGUUCACACCACAAAAAUCCCUUGAAGAAUUUCAAGACGUCUACAUAGUGAUGGAGCUCAUGGAUGCAAAUCUCUGCCAAGUGAUUCAGAUGGAGCUAGACCAUGAACGAAUGUCCUAUCUUCUUUAUCAAAUGCUGUGUGGUAUCAAACAUCUUCAUUCAGCUGGAAUUAUACAUAGGGAUUUAAAGCCCAGUAAUAUAGUAGUAAAGUCAGACUGCACUUUGAAGAUUCUUGACUUUGGACUGGCCAGAACUGCAGGAACUAGUUUUAUGAUGACGCCUUAUGUAGUGACUCGUUACUACAGAGCACCAGAGGUCAUCCUAGGGAUGGGAUACAAAGAAAACGUGGAUUUAUGGUCUGUGGGGUGCAUUAUGGGCGAAAUGGUUUGCCACAAAAUCCUCUUUCCAGGAAGGGACUAUAUUGAUCAGUGGAAUAAAGUCAUAGAGCAGCUAGGAACACCGUGUCCCGAAUUUAUGAAGAAAUUACAGCCUACAGUCCGAACUUAUGUGGAGAACAGACCUAAAUAUGCUGGUUAUAGUUUUGAAAAACUUUUUCCAGAUGUCCUUUUCCCAGCUGACUCUGAGCACAAUAAGCUUAAAGCAAGUCAAGCAAGGGAUUUGUUGUCAAAAAUGCUGGUUAUAGAUGCUUCUAAAAGAAUCUCCGUGGAUGAAGCCUUGCAGCACCCAUACAUCAAUGUUUGGUAUGAUCCAUCAGAAGCAGAAGCUCCUCCACCAAAGAUACCAGAUAAGCAGUUAGAUGAAAGGGAGCACACGAUAGAAGAAUGGAAAGAGUUGAUAUACAAGGAAGUCAUGGACCUGGAGGAGAGAACCAAGAAUGGGGUUAUACGUGGACAACCAGCCCCUUUAGCACAGGUGCAGCAAUGAUCAAUGGCUCUCAACAUCCAUCUUCAUCGUCAUCUGUCAAUGAUGUGUCUUCAAUGUCAACAGAUCCAACAUUGGCCUCUGAUACAGACAGCAGUCUAGAAAACUCAGCUGGACCUCUGGGUUGCUGUAGAUGACUACUUGAUCUUUUGGGGGGUGGGAGGGGGGUCCUUUUAGUCAUUAAUAGGGCACCUUUAAAAUUUGGUGGUAUUUUUGAGUGUUUUUUCAAAAAUAAUUGUAGAAUUCAUCAUAAAGUGCUGUAAUUUAAACUGUAAGUUGUGUUAAAAGCAGCCACUUUUUUGCUGUAAUUAACUGUAAAAUAUUAAACCUGAUAAUUUUUAUUGUGGUUUUAAAAUCUGCAUAUUUGCUUUACUUUUAUGCUGCUGAUCUUUUUUUACUGAAUUUGUAAGAUUUGUUUUAUUGAAGCACAUAUUAAUGUUGUGGUCAUUACCAUAUAAUGAAUUAUUUAAGAUUUUAUAGGUUUUCAAUUUUUUAAUUAGAAUUUAUUCCAGAUGUUUUGUUCAUGAUAUCCUUCAAAGUUUUAUGCUUGGUCAUAUAUGUCCAUGUGCAGAUGGAGGGGGAAGAGAAUUCAGUGCAGCCAGCUGUAGUUUUGGGCUGGCAGCAAACAAAAUGCUCUUUUAUUUUGACCACUUGCCUCUAAGACUUCAGCAAAAGCAACAACCAGUGAAUUUUUUUAGAUAAAAGGUAUAUGACCCUUUGCAAAGUAACUUCAUUUGAAUGGUUUUACAAACUUAAGAAAGCAAAGCAUAUCUUCAAAGCUGCAGAAAUAUCUACCCUAACAAAGUAAUGUGGUGUUUUCUGCAAAGCUGUGGCAUGCCAAAUCCUAUGAUCACUAUAAAACAUGAGGAUACUUCAUGAAUAAUACAUUGCAAUACAAAUAAACUGUUUACUUCUA